AUGUCAGUUGUAUUAUUCCAGGAUGAUGGACAGACAGCAUUAAUGUAUGCUGCCAGGUAUGGACACCUGGAGAUCUGUAGACUCCUCAUUGAUACAGGAUGUAAGAUUGUCCAGUUUAUCAGACUAGUUUUAAUGUCAGUUGUAGGAUAUGUUAUUGAUGGAUACACAGCUUUACAUUAUGCUGCUUGGAAUGCAUAUCUACUGAUAACAAGAUGUCUAGUAGAACAAGGUGCCAGUCCCUUGGUUAAAUCACUUGAGGGUCAGACUCCAUACGACUUAGCAGCAAAAGGGAUGAACGGACAGUAUAAAGAAGUGAUGAAAUACUUACAGACUGUCAUGUCAGAGAAAUCUUCAGGUGUAACUGCUAAACAAGGGAGAGAAGGUAACUUUUAUUGACUUUUAUUUCAUUAGUUUUUACACAUUUUCAUGAUUAU